UCCUGCAGUUCGACGCUUUCCACUACAUUAUUAUGAUUUACAGAUCAGCAAAUAUCCGCGGCUCUUGCACAAACUACACAUUCUGAAGAUCGCCUGCCUUCUGGGUCACAUAAACAAAAAGAAAUUACUCUGAACUGUCGUUUUAUAGGAUAACAGCAGAGAUUUAUACGGCAUCGAGAUGGCCAAACCUGCAGAACAAGAUUACUAUCGGUUUGUGGUCCUGUUUUUUAACUGUAUGCUGACAUUCGGCUCUUAUUUCUGCUUCGACAUCCCCAGUGUCCUGCAGGAGCAGUUUCAGGGGAAUUUGACGUGUCCAAACGGGACGGUGAGUAACAGCACUGGGAAUGGCACAGGAACGUGUGUGGAAGGUUUAGGAAUGACCCCACAGGAGUAUAACCUACUCUACGCCAUCUACGCCUGGACGAAUGCUGUGGUGGUCAUCAUGGCGGGAUUCCUCAUUGAUAAAUUGGGAAACCGCUUUGGCGUUUUCCUAUUCUCCUCCUUGACUGUUUUGGGAUCAGCCAUCUUUGCAUUGGGGUCUCAUUUUAAGGGCACAACCUACCUGUUGCCGCUCAUGCUGACCGGACGGCUUCUGUUUGGCUCUGGAAACGGAUCUUUGACCAUUGUCCAAAACCGGAUCACAGCGUUCUGGUUUCGGGGGAAGGAGCUGGCUCUGGCGUUCGGACUGACUUUGGCCUUUUCCCGCCUGGGCUCAGUUCUGAACUUCUUCCUGACGCAGAGGUUUGAGUCUCAGUACGGCAUGCAGUGGACGCUGUGGGGAGGCACAAUCCUGUGUGUUCUGGGAUUCCUGUCUGCUGUUACGGUCAGUGUUCUGGAUAAGAUGGGCAUGAAGCAGCUGGGUUUGGAUGGAGCCAUUCAGGAAGAGUCCCGCAAAGUGAGAGUGCAGGAUGUGAAGCGUCUCUCUCUCAGAUAUUGGCUGCUGGUUCUCACCAUCAUGUUCUUCUAUAAUGGAAUUUUCCCCUUCAUCGCUGAUGCCAGCACUCUCAAUAAGACCACUAAGAGAUCAACGGCUGAAACCACUCCAGCUCUGACCGACAGAGAACCACUGAUGAAUGAAGAGGAAAAUGAGGAAAUCAAUCCCUCCAUCAACAGGACUUAA